AUGGAUGACGAGCACACUAACGGCGAGGACCGCCAUGACGGGCCCCAGCCGCGGAGCAUCUACCGCAACAGCUUCAUGCGGAGCAGAACCAGCCUCCUCUCGGACGUAGAGAUGGCACAGGAUGAGGUUUAUGCCGGACCUAUAUCAGAAAGCAUACCCUCCAGCGUCGCAUCAUUCGUCCGCCGCCGUUCUCGCCGCGAAUCAAACGUCAGCUUUACCUACUUUCAGGAAAACAAUGGAUCCCUCGUCUGGCCAGAUGACCGCGACGAGGAGGCGAUCAUCGAGCCUGAGCUUGAGAACGGUGACCUGCACGUCCAUCGCAUCCCAUCCGACGAGCACGAAGACCAUGACCGCGAUCGAGAUCGAGAUCAUGGUGAAGACCAGGAAGCUGAUGCUGAGAUCUCCUUCCGCCCGUCUAGCUACUUCGGUCUGACUCCCUCGCACGACUCCGCUGAAGACCCCUUACUCUGGCGCCGUGCCUCAUCCACUGACCAUCCACGCGGAAAGUCGUCCGAUGGCAUAGUCAGUCAGAAGAUAUACAUUGCCUCCGAAGAUCUGACUGCUGCUAUAGCCGGGUUUUCAACCAGUGUGACCGGUUUGGCGGCCUAUCUCGCUAUCUGCAUUCUCUCUUGCGGCUUGGGUUAUCUGCUAUUUAGAUGGGUGCCGCGGUGGCGAGUUUCGCUAAUAGGCACUCCGACACCGCUAUAUAAAUGCCAAUGGGUAGCUAUUGAAAAUCAAUGGGGCCAAUUCACCAUACAGGAUGUUCAGAACCAGUCGUAUGGACGCCAGUUAUCCACCGUCUUCGGGCGCACAAACAAAGAAGGCGCAGCAGCCAACUAUGAGUACGACGAUGACCCUAUGAUGCCGAAUCUUCGAUAUCUGGACUAUCAUUAUGUCCGCUUCUACUACCAACCGGUACAAGACAAGUUUCGUAUCAGCGGAACCUGGGCAGAUCCAGCAUGGGCGGAUGUGAAGUUGUUACGACGCGGUUUAGAUGCGGACGAGAGGGAGAGUCGCGAGCAAGUCUUUGGCGCAAAUAUUAUUGAUAUCCAAGCCAAGACUAUCCCCCAAAUAUUGGUUGAUGAGGCAUUUCAUCCGUUCUAUAUCUUCCAAAUUGCCAGUUUAACUCUCUGGUCAAUGGAUGAAUACUACUAUUAUGCUACUUGUAUAUUCUUUAUUUCCGUUUUUAGCAUCACUGCAACUGCUAUUGAGACUAGAUCGACCAUGCGUCGACUACGUGAGAUUGCGCAUUUCGAGUGUGAGAUUCGAGUUCUGAGAAGCGGAUUUUGGACAACCGUACCCUCAACAGAGCUCAUACCUGGCGACGUAUUUGAAGUUUCUGAUCCCUCUCUGUCUCAGAUUCCUUGCGAUUGCCUCCUACUCUCUGGAGAUUGUAUUGUGAAUGAGAGCAUGCUAACAGGCGAAUCUGUCCCAGUCUCAAAGUUCCCUGUUACAGAUCACUCUCUUGCCCAAUUAAAUCUAGCGGCAACAUCUGUUGACCCGAGUGUGGCCAGGCAUUUCUUAUUUUGUGGUACAAAGCUCAUUCGCGCCCGAAGACCACAGGAUCCCGCCGAUGAUGAAGCAGCUGCUCUAGCCAUGGUUGUGCGAACAGGCUUCAAUACUACAAAGGGUGCACUUGUUCGAUCAAUGCUGUUCCCCAAGCCAUCUGGUUUCAAAUUCUAUCAGGAUUCCUUCCGCUAUAUUUCUGUGAUGGCUGCUAUUGCUGUUAUUGGGUUUAUUGUAUCCUUUGUGAAUUUUAUUCGUCUAGGGAUCGUUUGGCAUACGAUUAUCGUUAGGGCACUAGACCUUAUCACCAUCGUUGUGCCACCCGCCCUACCAGCGACACUGACCAUUGGUAUCAACUUCGCCAUAUCAAGGCUUAAAUCACAGCAGAUCUUCUGUAUCAGCCCACAAAGGGUUAACGUUGCUGGGAAGCUUGACGUUGUCUGCUUCGACAAAACCGGAACAUUAACCGAAGACGGCCUCGAUGUCCUUGGAGUUAGAUUAAGUCACCAAAGAGACCAGAGAUUUAGCGACCUCUUAACGGAAGCACCGUGUAUUCUACCCCAACUGCGGGCCGAGCGAGAUCCUACACAGGACUAUGGGCCUAACACGGCUAUUCUCUACACCAUGGCAACAUGCCAUUCGCUAAGGAUGGUAGAUGGAGAGCUAAUAGGUGACCCUCUCGAUGUCAAGAUGUUCGAAUUCACGAAUUGGUCCUACGAAGAAGGCAGCCACAACACUGCCGAAGUAUACGAGGAUUAUGAACAUAUUUCUCCGUCUGUUGCGAGAUCUUCGCUAAAUUUUGCUCCCCCCGGUGACACUGAUCUGACAAAUGACGAUAUCACCGAGCUAUCCAUCCUUCGUAUUUUCGAAUUCGUAUCUCAACUACGUCGAUCGAGUGUCGUUGUUCGGCAACCUGGAAGUGAUGGUGUUGACAUUUUUGUCAAAGGCGCUCCGGAGUGUAUGAAGGAUAUAUGCAAUUCUAAAAGCUUACCACCUGAUUUCUCAGAGCUACUUAACUACUAUACCCACCGCGGCUUCCGAGUCAUCGCCUGCGCAACAAAACAUAUCCCAAAAUUUUCCCUCCGAGACAUCUUUUCGAUGAACCGAGCAGACGCCGAAACGGAUCUCGAGUUCAUUGGUUUUAUCAUCUUUGAAAACAAGCUUAAACCUACAUCUAAGGAGGUCAUUACCGAACUACAUGAAGCCGGUAUCCGUAAUGUGAUGUGGGAUUCGUCCGAUCCAAAUUCUCGCCUUUGCUGGCAGAGCAUUGAUAACCAAGACCAUCAACUCGAUGAACAUACCUUGACGCCACUUCCUCAUAGCUCUGGAGCCGAUGUUUCUGUUCCAUAUCACCAUUACAAUAAACCCAACUACGCCAUUGCGGUAACUGGAGAUGUAUUCCGCUGGGUGGUCGACUAUGGCUCUGAAGAGGUGCUUAAUAAGAUGCUCGUCCGCGGCCAAGUCUUUGCUCGAAUGUCCCCUGAUGAGAAGCACGAGCUGGUUGAAAAGCUACAAUCUCUCGACUAUGACUGUGGAUUCUGCGGUGAUGGGGCAAAUGACUGCGGCGCCCUGAAAGCUGCAGACGUGGGUAUCUCGCUUUCGGAAGCAGAGGCGUCAGUCGCUGCACCAUUUACGAGCAGAGUAUUCGAUAUCUCAUGUGUUCCAAAACUUAUCAGAGAAGGAAGAGCGGCACUAGUUACAAGCUUCUGCUGUUUCAAAUAUAUGAGUAUUUACUCGGCCAUUCAAUUUACCUCCGUUAGCUUCCUCUACGCAACUGCUUCGAAUUUAGGAGAUUUCCAGUUCCUCUAUAUCGACCUUGCGAUAAUAUUACCUGUCGCUAUCUUUAUGGGAUGGAUCGGACCAAGCUCAGUCCUAUGCCGCAAGAGGCCAACUGCAAACCUCGUGUCGCGGAAGGUCUUAACUCCUCUUUUAGGACAGAUUGCUAUAUGUAUACUUAUCCAGGCCGUUGCCUAUGAGACAGUCCAAAUCCCUAAAUGGUAUAUUCCACCAAAAAUUAGUCACGAGGAGACCAAUAUCAAAAACUCUCAAAACACAGCACUAUUCCUAGUUUCAUGCUACCAAUAUGUGUUUUCCGGCGUAGUCCUGAGUGCAGGUCGGCCGUUCCGGAAGCCAGCGACUUCAAACGUCCCGUUCGUGGCCACGAUCAUCAUAAUCUUCCUAUUCUCCUCAUAUAUGCUCUUCCAGCCUGCAAAAUGGCUAUACAAGCUGAUGCAGUUGACAUACAUGUCACCCGAAUUCAAGGGCUGGAUUCUACUUCUUGCAUUGGGUGGUUUUGCAGCGGCAUGGGUUUGUGAGAAUCACGUCUUCCCGCAACUAGCUCGCGGCCUCGGUCAACUGAAUCGUUGGAUACGUCCCCAUACCAAAAAGCAACGCCGACGAUAUAAAGUGCUGCUCGAAGGCGGGCGGUGA